GUGUCUCUGGAGUCUGGACAACGAUCUUUAUUUCUGAAAAUGAUAAAUUCCCUAAAAUUUCUCCCCACAAGAGCGUGUAAAUUCACAGCCUUCAAGAAAUACUGCAAUACAAUGAGUUGUCAAGCUGUGAUCGAAGAGACAAGAAAACCCAAGUUGUUGUGCCUACAUGGGUUCAGAACCAGUGGUCAUAUACUCAAAACCCAGCUUCAAAAAUGGCCUCAAUCCGUUCUUGAUAGGCUUGAUAUGGUUUUCCCAGAUGCCCCUUUUCCAUCUAUUGGUAAAUCUCAAGUUGAAGGGUUCUUUGAUCCUCCUUAUUAUGAGUGGUUCAACUCUAACAAGGAAUAUGUUUAUACUAAUUUUGAUAAGUCUAUUGAGUAUAUUGAAGAGUGUAUGAUUAAGCACGGGCCUGUUGAUGGUCUUCUUGGUUUUUCGCAGGGAUCCAUAUUAUCGGCUGCACUAGCUGGAUUACAAGCCAAGGGAUUGGCUCUUACAAAAGUACCAAAAUUGAAGUUCGUUAUUAUUAUUAGUGGCGCAAAAUUGAGGAAUGAAGCUUGGGCUGAGAAAGCAUUCUCAAACAAGAUAACUUGCCCCUCUCUGCAUUUUUUAGGCGAGUUGGAUUUUCUUAAAUCAAGCGGGGCUUUACUCUUAGAAUCAUUUGUAGAUCCUGUAGUAAUUCAUCAUCGUGAAGCGCACACCAUACCAAGACUAGAUGAAAAGGGAUUAGAGUUGAUGCUGAGUUUUCUUGAAAAGAUACAGAACGAAGUUACCAACCAGGGAAUACAACAAAAUAGCUUCAGAGGAAGCUCCUUAUGAUAUGGAAAGAUGUAGACAUGUAGUUGAGCUUAAUUCAGAAGCUUGUGUACUAUCUUAUAUAUAAGUAGCUAGUUAGCUGCUUUUUACACCAUCUUCUUUGGAUAUCUGACAGGCUUUUAUAUAUUACAAGAAUGACAAAAAAUGCAUUCAGGGUUAGGGGCCUGUAUUCUUAUAGAUGUUCUUUCUUAAUAUUUAAUAAAACAUAGAUACAGAUUUUAUAUCUGGUAUCUAUAUUGUGUAUA